CACAUAUGAGUUUCUUGUGUGGAUCCUCUCACCGCUGUUUUGUACUUUGAUUUAUAUUAAUCGGCGAACAGCGUGUUUUUAAUUCUGUAAAUUUCAGUUUGCUUUAAUUUUUCGCUUAACAGUAUUAAUACUCAGCUAUAAGUCUGCAGCUUAUAAUGGAGGACUACGAAACGGUGUUAUUGGUGAAACCAGAAGUUUUCGUUUUCAAAAUACCACCAAGAGCAACAAACCGCGGAUACAGAGCGGCUGAUUGGAAAUUAGAUGCUCCUGAUUGGACUGGUAGACUACGUAUUGUUUCUAAAGGAAAGCGUUGUUUUAUUAAACUAGAGGACAAAAACUCAGGGGAAUUGUUUGCUAAAAGUCCGGUUGAUGCAUAUCCAGGAGUUGCAGUUGAAUCAGUUAUGGAUUCUAGUCGUUAUUUUGUACUCCGGAUUGAAGAUGAUGAUGGAAGAGCUGCUUUUAUAGGAAUUGGAUUUGCAGAUAGAGCUGAUUCAUUUGAUCUGAAUGUUGCCCUGCAAGAACAUUUCAAGUGGCUUCAAAAGAGUGAGGAGAUUCAGCAAGAAUUAGAUACUUCAGAAAGCAAGACAAACCUUAAUUUAGGUUUUAAAGAAGGAGAGACUAUCACUAUAAAUAUGAACAUUGGGAAAAAGUCUGGGAGUAGUACUAAGCCACGUCCUAAACCUAGCGCAUUUAGUGGCACUCCAGGGCUUCUGCCUCCCCCGCCUGGUGGGGUAAAGCUGCCUGCUCCACCAACAUCUAGACCUGUAAAUCAGAGUGAAGCUCCUCAUUCAACACCUGUUUCACAGUCAAAUUCUGCAGCUAAUUCACAGUCGAGUUCUGCAGCUAAUUUGCUUCUGGAUCUUGGACUUUCUGCAGAAACAGGAGAAUCAAACCCAGCAUCUGCAAACUCAUCUGGUGCUGAACUUUGGGGAGAUUUUACAACUGCCCCUGGAGACAUUGGUGCAGUGCAGCAGAAAGACACAACUGCUGGAAACUGGAUAGAUUUUUAGUUAUUUUAUGAAUAUGCUAGUUAACCUUAAAAACUGUUCUUUCUUCUGUUUGUUUUUCUGUGUUGAGUGUGUCAUUAAAAUGUUAUGAAAAUUUUAUUCUGAAUAAUUUCAUAGGUAUUCUAUUGUUGUUGAAAUUAUCUUUUCAGACAGCAGCAGUUUAUUGUACUUGAGCAUGAUUAAUUGUACUUCAAAGCCCUAUCUAGUACAUAUAUAUAAUAUCACAUUUUAUAAUGUUUUAAGACAUAAAUUUUCAUUUGUGAUGUUAACUUGGAUAUGAGGUUAAAAGAUUUUUCUGAUUGUGUAUAUUAGAUUAAUUGUGGAACGUACUUGUGUUUCAAUGUGAUUCUGUAACCAAAUAUAUGUCAUUUAAAUUUCGUUCAUUUCAAUUAAUUAAUGUUUUUUAAAAGACCGGAAAUGGAAACAUCUAUAAUAAAAAUAAAUGAAUUCAAGCAUCUUCUAGGUUCAUAUAAAUGUAUUUAGCCUCUCAUUCUCUUUUCUUCCUCCAAAAGUCAAGCUUUUAAGAUUUCGAUGGCCUUUUCUCUUAAAACUGGCCUGGAUUUGAAGGGCUUUUUGGUGACAAUCCUUGUGAUAAAUUUUAUAUCAUUUGAAACUAUCUUAAAUUGAUUAGAAUUUUUGCAUAUUGCAGUUAUCAGUGAGAUGAUGAUUGUUCUGACUGUACUGAUCCACACUUGAUUUUGUUCAUUGAACUACAAAGCGUGGAACAAUUCGUAAUUCCAUCCUAAAAGCAAGAUAUGGGUUUUCUAACAUAUUUCAUGUGUUUCAUAUUUGAUAUGUUAAUUAGUUCGCUAUGUACUUAAAAAUAGCUAUUUUAUAUCAAAAUAUUGUUUUUUAAUCUAUAAGAAACAAUGUAAUUUGGAUUCAGAGCAUUAUGGCUUUUGUGUUAAUAUUUAAACUUAUAAUGAAAAAGAAAUCUAAUAACUUGAAAUCCUCUCUUUUAUGUUUAUAUGUUCAAAACUAUGCUGAUGUUACGAGAAAAUUUUAUAGUAUACAUGGCUCUGUGACAUUAGGAGGAAAACAUGGAUUGUUAAUUAUGGCAAUGCAUUUAAAAGCUGUUGGUCUUUAAAGCGAAAGUAGAAAAGGGAUUUUUAAUUUUAUAAUAGUGGAGAAUGGUUCUGUAAAAUAGUGAAGGUUAUAAAAAGAUCUUAUGGACCUUUUUUUAAAAAUAACAUGAGAUUGCCAUUGAGUCAUUUCAAUAAUUUGUUGUCUUGUGUAUUUCAUUUAUCUGUAUUAUCAGCAGAUCCUGUUUUUAGUAGCAGUUAAAUAUAUUUGUUUUAUGUUUUUUGAAAUACUUAGCUUUUUCUUGAGAAAAUGUGAUUUUUAACUGUAUCUAUUUAAUAAGUCUUAUGGUCCUGCAUUGUACAUUACAGUGAUAUUUCUUUUACCUGAUUGUGCCUUUUUAACCAGGCAAAAUAUUAAGUUCCUCGGUCAUAAGGUAUGUAGUUUGUUGCAUAUGUUGUUGAAAUACAAUUUAAAUAUGCCACUUUAUCAUACAAAUAUUAGUCCUAGAACUUAUUUAUUUUAUUGUGAUAGGUAUACGCUUGAAAGUUAUCCAAAUGCUUAUGUUUUGAAUUGAUUUAUAAAUAGAAUUAUCAUCAAUAACAUUUGUGUGUUCCAAUAUUUAUUCAGUUUCUCCUUUUUUUCAUAUAUAUCUAUAUUUAAAUGUUCUUGCUUCAAAUGUUUUUUUUAAUUGUUUGUGAAAAUGUUUUCAUUUUUCUGAUGAAAUCACUUAUGUCUCAUUUUUGUUUGAAUUUUGCAAAACCAUUCCAUUUUAAAUGUACUUACUCUGUAGAAAACUUGUCUUAUUUCAUGAUAAAGUUUUCUGGAUUUUUUGCAUUUGAAUUAUAAAACUGUUAAUGUAAUGCUUGUUAGCAAAAGAAUGUUGUUAUAAUGUAAUUAAGAGUUUAAGUUCUGUUACUAAGACAAUCUCAUUUUGAGUAUAAGUGUUAAAUGUUAUUUUUUUUUUUCCAUAUAUUUUAUGAACUGUUUUAUGGAUGAACCUCAUCAUGGAUUUCUUACUAGGAUUAUAUAAAAUUGUGUCCUGAGCUAUAAUAGUUAUCAGAGUGUAUAAAUAUUUAAUGGGAGAUUUUUAUUCAUAUAACAGUAGUAACCAUAAAAUUUGUGUUCUUUUAGACUAAUAAAUAAGCAAAUCGAUUAAAUUUUAAUUUGACAGUGCCGUAAUAUUUGCUUUAGUGAUUUCUAUGUAUUUAAAUUGGCAUCACUAAAUGUAUAUUCAUUGCUGUAUAUUCUUUUCCCCCAUUUUAAACUUUAUUUAAAGUGCAUCUUUUGACCUAUUACUAUCUAAAAGACUGCUUCUAUUUAUUGUGCAUUCAAAGAAUAUGUUAAAUGUGUCCACAUUUGCUUUUUUGCCUCUGUUUAUGUUUACUUUAUCAGAUGUUUUCCUAUUUAAAUUGCCAGUAACUGGAUUAGAAAAAGUCCAUUAGAAAUUUUUAAGUAUAUGGGGUGUGCAGAGAAGUGUAUAAAAAUGAUAUUAAGUCUUGUGAGUGUGCAGCAAGACUUGUAUAGUCACUAUUUUUUAAUGCAAAAAGUUUUAAUAAAAGAAUCUAAAUUGAAGUAAUUGGAUGUCUAGGGCAGUAAUUCAUUUACAUCUUUUCAUGGUGCUGUCAAGUAUUAGCUAUUUUUUAUAGUUCUAUAAAAAAUUAGUUGCGCCUAAAUGUCAUUGUUUGACUCAUGUUAUAAUGACAAGGUAUGAUUGGCAAAAAAGAAAAUUAUAUGAAUUAGUGUGGAAUGUUACUCAAAUAUGUGGGGAAUACCACCUAUUCCACUGACAUUUAACAAGAUUUCACUUGCAAUAUAAUUAACGCCUUAGAUGCAGUUUAAAUCCUCAAAUAAGCAUUUUGUUAGUACAAAAUUUAUGUUUUGACGUUUCUUUCAUUUAAAUCUACAUAAACACAAAAAAGAAUGCAUUUAGAAUUUCUAUGAGCUGUACUCGAGUCUUUUUUUUUUUUUUUAAGUCAUUAAUGCUAUGUUAUAUUUGAUGAUGCCUGAAUAUAUAGUUAUGUAAAUUUUGCAGCCUUUCACUUCCAUAUUUUUGACUUUUAUACAUAUGGUUUUAUUUUUCCAUGUCUUCACCAAAUGCUUCCCUUGUAUUGAUGUGCUGAAAUUUUAGUGAAUUUCAAAUAAAACUUGUGUAUCAGUGCUUUCGUAAGUUGUGAUCUGCAAACUUCAAAGGCAGAUUUGGUAUUCUUUUUGCAUUUUACACGGAAGUUUAUUUCAUACUCUUUUUGCAUUUUACAGGGAAGUUUUUUAUUUCAUACUCUUUGCUUUCUUCAUAAAGAAUUUAGCAGACCAGAAAUUUGUGAAAUCAAAAUCUUGAUUUCUUCCAGAACAGGGUCUCUUUGCCAGAUUUUAAAGCCGUCGUUCUAUAAAACUUAUUUCAAGCUGAAUAGCCAUUUAGGGUUGCACCUAAGGAUUAACAAAAUAAAAACAAUAGAAAAAUGAAAAAUUUAUUAAACACUGAUUUUUGUUUUGCAGAAUAUAUUUGUACACUAGCUUUUUCAGCCAUGUUGUAUAGAGGGACAAGUAUUGAAAUAAAGUGGAUGUUUCUCAGAUGAAAUACACCUGUUAGAAAUACGGAAUCAAAUGUUUCUGGUCUAAUGGGAGUAGAUGUAUUUUACAUUUCAUGAAAAAGUAUUGUAAUUGCAGUAUUUUUAAGCAUUAAUUUUUCCCAAGAUAAUAAACUUGACAUUUUAAUAAUUUAUAUUGUGAAAUAAAAUAUCUAGAAAUGAAAAUAUUUUCAUACUUUAUUCUGACCAACAGUAGGAAUGUAAUGGUUAGGGAUUUAGCAAAAUAUACAGUAUGCGAAAAGAGAUCAUAAAAAUCGAAUUUUAAAAUCAGCUGCUGUGCACAUUAUUUAUGUGUACCACUUAUAGCCAUUUCACAAAUGUCUUAAACUUUCUGAAUAUAUUAGUGUGUUAGUUCACUGCACUUUUUCUGUUUUGAAUUCAAUAUAUAUCCCUAUUUUUGAUGAUUAUAAAUAAAUAGUUUUUAGUUUUUUAAUGAUUAUAAAUAAAUUUUGUUUUAAAAGCUGUGUGCUCUUUUGCAGACCUUAAAAUGUGUAGUUUAACAUGAAUUGUUAAGAAUUGCAUUAAUUGUAGUUAACUAAGGUAUAAAUAAAAUUUUCAAAGAUUGCAAUGGGAAAAGAAGAAAAAUGGAUAAACAUUUCACUUCUGGAUGGGGCAAAGGAAUAUGAACCUUAUGCUUAUUUAUAACAUCAAAAAAAAAAAAAAAAAAGGCCAGUUUUAAUAUGGUGUAAAAUCAAUUUAAAUUUGAUUUAAAAUUGUUGGAAAUUCAUCAAAUUGCAUUUAAAUUUGUCUUUAGCAAAAAGAAAUAAUGUACUUCUCAAAAAUGCAAAUUUCAUAUCAUUAUUUAAGAAGUUCAUUGAAAAGCAAUUUUGGCCAAUUGAUGGGUCAUUAUUUUAAGGAAAAAACACAUUAGGCGAGUGAAAUAUCUAGUCGGAUUGUUGUAGUUUGUUAUAUCAGGAUGGGUCGUAACAUGAAGAGUUGUACUAACAAGAAUCAAUUGUAUAAAGUAUAUUUUAAUUUUUGUUGAAAGCUUAUGAGAAAUGAAGCCUACUGAGGGAAGUUUAGAUGUAAUUUCCAAAUACUUAUUCAUUGGGGCAAAAUUUUUCAUAGACUAGUACAAUAGAUUAAACAGAGAAAGUAGUUUUCAUAUGGCUCUUUAAUAAACCAUUUGUGUAACUGAUUAUUAAAAAAUGUGUAGUUAAUCCUUUGUGCUGUAAUAUUUUAAGGUAUUUGAAGCAAUUACACUUUCAUUAAACUUUUAAUUUCUGUUUGUGUUUAACUAAUUAUUUUCACUUGGAAGUUCCACUGUAGAUUGAUUUUAUUUGCAUCCAUUAAAAUAUAUAUACAGGGUUAAUAAAAUACAGUGUCUCUGAUAAAUAUAAAUAGAAAAUGAAUUAGGUUAUAAAUAUCCAUUGUAAUAAGAUGUGUGUGUAUAUAUAUAUAUAUAUAUAAUAUCUAUAAUUUCUACAUGUGUGUGUAUAUUUUCAUGAGUCAUUAUUUUAACUGCAUGUUGAUUUGUGAUAUUUUUCCAAGCAAUUGCCAUUUUAUUUUCCAUUUUGACACCGUUUAGAUCAAAGUAAUAGACAGAUGUAUUAAUAUUUUAUUAUCUUAAUGUCCGUGCUAUAUUUAAAAGUGACCAUUAUGCUAUGCUAAUCUGAAAAAAAGUAAUAAAAAAGUAUGAAAUUGAAAAUAUUUUGAUUAUGUGAUCAUAUACUUAAAAAAUGUGUUCCCAUUUUAAAUAGUUUAAGCUGUGGGAUUCUAAAUUGUGUCAUGUAGAAAACCAUCAUUUUAUUACCUCAUUUUUUAUGUUUUGUUUCAUUUUUCUUUUGAAAAGAAGCAGAAGUUUACUAUUAUAUGUUGAUUUCAUUCAUUCCUUAGCUUUUACUUAUUUUUUAUUAUGUUGAUAUUACUGCUUUUUAACCCUGUAACUGCCGCAGGCGUAUAUAUACGCCUUGCUCAGCCGAUGCAUUAACUGCCCCAGAUGCGCAGCUGAUGCGUUAACUUUGCGAAUAAUUUUAGGUGUAGCAGCGCAAAGCAAAUGAUAGCAGUUUGGAAGGAUGUAUAUAUACGCCUGGGGCAGUUAACGCAUCGGCUGAGCAAGGCGUGCCGCGGCAGUUAAGGGGUUAAUGAAGAUGUCCCAUUCCUGCUUAACAUUAUUGUAUUUCGCAGAAUAUUAUUAGACAUGAUAAUUGUCUUGUAGUGUUAAAAAUUUGUUCUAUAAUCUUCUAAAAGUUUCCCAAGGAAAUGUUUAAAUAUCACUUUGAAUGUUUCAAAGCCUGCAUAUGAUGCAGAAAUAAAUUGAUAUUAUUUGGAACAUACAUUUGAUCUCAACUUGAAAACAUUUGGUUAACUUUCAGUGUCAGAAUCUUUAAAUUUUAACCUAUUAUGGUAAACUGAUAAAUUUUCGAAUUUAUAUUUUGGCCAUAGACAUUAAAUUUGAAAAACAAAAGUUUCAUUUGAAAAAUAUUUAGCAUGUUUUUUUUUUUCCCCCUUGUGUAUUUGUUUUCUAAUACUUGCAAAAGUCAGUCUUUUUUAUUUUUAUUUUUACUAGGCAAAGUUAUCAUUGUAUUUAUUUUACUUGGGUUUUUCCCAGCAUUUGAGAUAUGGGUUUAGAGCACUUUACUGAUCCUUUAUUGUAUUUUUCUGCUAGUCAUAUCAUAUAUUUUAUAUAUUAUUAUUUUUAAUACAAUUACUAAUUACAGGAGCCAAACUGGUGUCACACAGCAAUUUUUGAUUUUCACAUGAUAAAAGUUUGAAUCUUUCUUUAGUACCUGUAAAAUUUUUAUAGAACAAUAAAGAAGUGUCUUUGUU